GUCUCAAACAACGGAGCAGGAAGCGACAUUUCUGAUUCCGUCUAAUAUAUAAAUCCUGGGAAGUGGCAGAAAAAAAAACAUAGAUCGUGAGUAUUGAUUUAUAUUUACAGUGUGAUCAUUCACUUUACGCCCACAGAAAAAGAAAAGACAGAUGAAAAUGCGGAAUGAAUGAACCUGUUUUAAUCCGUAGCUGGUCACAAGACAGUCCUGUGAUGCGAGAGUGGGGAGGAGAAAAUAUAAACGUGAUGGUGAUGAUGUGACCCUGCUUACAGCCAAACCAUCCCGUUCCUGUCCCUUCAUCCGUGCCGGCUGCUCUUAAAAACAAAACUAUUCUUCUGUCCGCUCCCAAGAUGAUACACAGCCUUUUCCUGGUUAACGCAUCGGGGGACAUCUUUCUGGAGAAGCACUGGAAGAGUGUGGUCAGCCGGUCCGUCUGCGAUUACUUUUUCGAGGCCCUGGAACGCGCCACGGAACCGGAGAACGUUCCUCCGGUGAUCCCGACCCCCCAUCACUACCUCAUUAACGUGCUCCGCCAUCGCAUCUACUUCGUGGCCGUCAUACAGAGCGAAGUGCCUCCUCUGUUUGUCAUCGAGUUCCUCCAUCGUGUGGUGGACACAUUUCAGGACUAUUUUGGGGUUUGCACAGAAGCAGCCAUUAAAGACAAUGUUGUUGUGGUCUAUGAGCUGCUGGAGGAGAUGCUGGAUAAUGGCUUCCCACUGGCCACCGAAUCAAACAUCCUAAAAGAGCUCAUUAAACCUCCCACCAUCCUCCGCACAGUGGUGAACACCAUCACAGGAAGUACUAAUGUUGGUGAGCAGCUUCCUACGGGUCAGCUGUCCGUUGUACCGUGGCGGCGCACAGGUGUCAAAUAUACCAACAAUGAAGCUUAUUUUGACGUGAUUGAAGAAAUCGAUGCUAUCAUUGACAAAUCAGGAUCAACUAUCACAGCAGAGAUUCAAGGAGUGAUAGAUGCCUGUGUGAAACUUACAGGAAUGCCUGAUCUCACCUUGUCAUUUAUGAACCCUCGUCUCCUGGAUGAUGUCAGCUUCCACCCUUGUGUUCGGUUCAAGCGCUGGGAAGCCGAGCGAAUUCUAUCCUUCAUCCCACCAGACGGCAACUUCCGCCUCCUGUCCUACCACGUCAGCUCUCAGAACCUGGUGGCCAUCCCUGUGUAUGUAAAGCAUAACAUCAGCUUCCGAGAGGGCAGUUCUCAGGGUCGUUUUGAGCUCACCCUCGGCCCAAAGCAGACUAUGGGUAAGGCGGUGGAAUCCGUCCUGGUGAACAGUCAGCUGCCCCGUGGCGUCCUCAACGCCAACCUCAACCCCUCACAGGGCACCUACACUUUUGAUCCCGUCACCAAGCUUUUGUCAUGGGAUGUGGGUAAGAUAAACCCGCAGAAAUUGCCCAGUUUAAAAGGAUCUAUGAGUCUCCAGGCUGGAGCCUCCAAACCUGAUGAAAACCCAACAAUCAACAUCCAGUUGAAGAUUCAACAGCUGGCCAUUUCAGGUCUGAAAGUAAAUAGGUUGGACAUGUAUGGCGAGAAGUACAAACCUUUCAAAGGCAUCAAAUACAUGACCAAGGCUGGCAAAUUUCAAGUCCGAACCUAGAUGACCUCAUUCUUCUUCCAUUCCAUAAUUUAUUCAAUUGGUUUACGGCAAAUGGGGACAAAGAGAGGGAACAAAUUUGAGUAAAUACAUUUCCUUUGGAAUGCAUUUCAGGAUAAAUUCAGGAAAAUGUGUGAUAAGACUGUCGGCCAUUAAUGGGAGCAU